UUGUCUCUCUAUAAGCUUAUAAUUUUGACUCGGCAGUCUACGCUAUUCUGAUUCUUCUAAGGAGAAGGAAAAUGAUACAACAAAGUGCAACAAUCAGUAGGUAAAUUGCUAAAAGGAAAUGAAGUAAGUAUACGAUGAUGAUGAAGUAUAAUCUUUUACGAUCAGGAUACAAAAGCUUUGAGCGGGGUCUGCUGGGCUCCUUGUCGCAACAGAGGAACCAUACAGUGUCGAAUCAAGAAAUCCAACAUUUUGAUGCAUUGGCGAAAACUUGGUGGGAUUGGGAUGGUGAGAGUCGACUGUUGCAUUUAAUGAAUCCCACUCGCAUCGACUUUAUGUCUCAAAUCAUACGCGAGAAAACCCCUUUUGCUGGAAAACAGGUUCUUGAUAUUGGAUGUGGAGGAGGGAUCCUUAGCGAAAGUAUGGCUCGUCUGGGUGCGAAUGUUACAGGUGUAGAUGCGUCAAAAAAAGCAUUAGAUGUAGCAAAAGAUCAUUCGGAAAAGGACCCUAAGAUCCGCGAUCGUCUCAAGUACAUCCAUGGACCCAUUGAAAAACAGAAUUUCGAUAAGCAGUUUAAUAUUGUUACUUGCAUGGAAGUAGUAGAGCAUGUUACGAAUCCCCGAGACUUUUUAGAAUCUUUAAUGAACCUGGUCAAGCCCAAUGGCUAUUUGAUGCUAUCUACCAUUUCGCGGACCUUCAUGGCUCGGGUUUUGACGAUCUUUUUAGCUGAAAAAGUACUCGGAAUUGUCCCCGACGGAACUCAUGAUUAUCAAAAAUAUAUUCGCCCAGAAGAGCUGGCAGAAUUCUUCCGUGAACACCAUUGGAAAGUAAAUGAUGUCCGUGGGGUAAUGUAUCAUCCUCUUCAGUCCAAAUGGAUCCUUGCAAAGCCGGGUGAUAGUUGCUUGCCCCCUUUAUGCAACUACAUGCUAUCUGCACAAAAGCCAUAACUACAUUCUUAUUCAUACCAUAUUAAAGAUACGUUUGUUUCUCUCUUUAUCGUAUUUUUUAUUAAAUUAUCAUUUUUGUGUCGUAAGAAUUGAAAAUGAGUCCGCGCUUAAAUGAAGGAAUAGAAUAUCAUAACACUUUUCCACUGCUUUUCACUGAGCAGUAUUUGGAGCUUCCAAUUGUUCUUCGUCGACGAAAUUCGGAAUCUCCUUCGAUGGCUGUAAAUAACUAGGUUGAUCUUGCGUUAUUUGGUCUCCGUUUAACGAAGCUUCCUGUUGUAAAGCUUCUAAUUCCGCAUCCAGUUCUUCUUCAUCUACAUCCACAUUCGCCAUGUUUUGCCCAAGAACGUCGUUGAAUUCAUCUGCCGUAUCCAUGUAAUCUUGAAUUUGAUCCUGCAGCUUUUCAAUUUUUUCUAUGGACAGACUUUUACUUUGCGCCUUCAUCUGUCGAGCUGUAUCCUGCAUCGUUUGAACAGUGGUCAUGGUAUUCUUCAUAGACUCGGUUGUCAUGGCCGCUUGCUCCAUAUUAAAAGACUGUUGUUGCAAUUGUUGUAAUUGAGCCUCAUACCUAGAAACGUGUUAGUGAAAGCUCCUUUUUUGCUAAUAAUUGUUACAUUUUCUUUUGUCGUAAUACACCCAUAGCGCGUUGUUUCAAAGUAGUUUGUCCUGGCCCAGGCCGAGUAUUUGCAAUCUUUUGUUGAAAUACAGACAAUUGGGAGUCUAAUUUUGAGAUCUUCACCUCAAGUGAAUCGCUUCGUUUAUCGAGCUAUACACCUUGUAAGCAGUUUUUUUCCAACUUUAAGCUCUUACCGAGUCAAUUGCAUCUGUUAAUGAAGGGCUCGUUCCAGCUGCUGGCUUUCUUCCAAAUAACCUGUGCAUCUCAAAGCAAGUCUAUUCUCCAUGAUGUAUUAGCAAAGGUCAAUUCAUAACGUUGGAACAAGUAAGAAUUCCACUUGGCAAAGGCUUUUCAAGUAUCCAUUGUCAAUCCGAUGAAAGCUAAAAAAGGAAUUAUAAAAGGAAAGAGCCCGAUGAACAAUGCGCUUUCUAGCAAACCCAAGCUAGCAGUUACACGCAAGUUUUCGUCCUUUCGGUAGGAUACCUGAAUCAAAAGUACCAUUCCUUUAAGAAUUCCUUUCUAUCGAUCUCAUUAGUAACUUACCGAAAAAUAAUGAAAUGAAUCCGCAAUACAAAUCCCAGGUCUAUUCCUAUGGUAAACCCGAUUUUGUUUCCAAGAUAAUGAACUGCAUUAUGGUAUGCUAGAUUUCGUUUUGGUUCACAAAACAGUAAACAAAUCAUUUUCUUCCAGGUUGCUUCGUUUGCUACACGAAGGUGAUACUUUAGGCUGUACGAACGUUUUGAAUGCUUGGUCGGUUGGCAUAGAUUUUUUAAGUACUUAGUUUGGUUUUUUACCCUCAUUACUUUCGAGAAAGGUUUUCUAAAAGGAGGGAGAAGUUUGUUACAUAGUUGUAACGUACGAUUUCAGCACUGAAAAAAGAUUGGUAGUCAAACCUUUUUUUUGGUCUCUUCCUACAAUUUACCAAUCCAUGGCUUUCAAGUGUUCAUUUUAUACUCAUUCAUAUGUUAUGAAAUUCUUUAGCUAUGGCACAGA